GCUCUUCCUUACCCUCCUUGAUGAUCAGUAGGGAUGAAGAAUCAAAUCCAUUCGGAAUCAAAAUUGAUACGAACCAGGAUGAUCUUGAUGAAACUAUUGGAAAUAUGUACAGGAGUACUUAUUUCAAUCCCUCAGUAGUAGCUCAUCGGUCUCUGACUAAUAAAGCUGGAGAUGAUAAGAAAAAUCAAAACUCAGUUGCAAAGAGGAAUAUUAAAUAACGAAGCAACUAUCAGAGCUAUGAAUCAAAGGAUAAAGUUACUAAAAUAAGAAGAAGUUAGACUGACUUGGCUACAAAACACUUGGUGGCUGGAACAACUCUCACAUCAACAGUCAAAUGAUCAAGAAUUCCAAAUUUAACAACAAAUUUUUGAAGAAACCAACUAUUGAGAAGAAAGUUUAUAACAACACUAACCAUGCUGAAGGAGUCUUACAGCGGAAUAAACUGCUUAACUUAGAAAUUAGCAGAGCUCUGAAUCAGUACAGAAGUCAAAGAUACUUAGAUAGGAUUAAAGAAGCCAAAGAGAAGAAAGAUAAGAAAAUGCCUGAGAUUAGGGUUCAGAAGGUUGUUAAGGAUGAUGACUCCUUCUCAGAUAUUACCAAUGUAGGAGGAGGUAAGAGCAACCAAGAUAUGAAAAGUGUGAAAAUCCUCACAGAAGCAAGAAAAUAUGUACCAGAUAUAGACCAGGAUAUUUUCUACUGGAGGGAAAUCAAGAGUCAUCAGUUAAUGCCAGAGGUACGAGAGCAGUUUACACUAAUCCAGGCUGGCCAGUUAAUUUAUAUCUUCGGUGGUCUGUCUCAUGACUGUCUUGGAGAUUUCCUUACUUGAGAUACUCUAAAAUGGAAAUGGGAAAGGAUGGAAACUUAUGAUGAAGAAAUCUUUAUUGAGCCUCGCCUUGCUCAUACAUGUACAGAGUUUGAUGAAUACCUACUGUUCUACGGAGGUCUUAAGAAAUUCAGAGGUGGCUUCAAAGUAGCAGAUGUUUAUCAAGGCUUUUUCAUGUAUCAUACUGUCACAGGGAAAUGGACAAAGCCUGCUAAAGCAAAUAACAGCAUGCUUCCAUUACGAAGAAACCAUACUUCCUUUGUGCUCGCGGAUCUAUUUAUAGCUUAUGGAGGGUAUGAUGAAAGUGGAAAACUCCAAGAUGGGCUCGUAGCUCUUUCCUUAGAAGAUUUUGAAUGGAAAGGCAUGGUUGAAACAACUGAUCAAAGAGUCAAGCUACCUGUCAUUUUCCAGAGGAGAAAAAGAAAUAUUAAGGAAAAUAAAAAUAGCUUGAAAUAUCAAAUUGAGCAUUUGAAAGAGAGUUCUCUUGUUCUGGAUGGAUCUCCUGGUCCUAUCACUUUUCAUGCAGCCUGCUUAGUGGUUCAUACUAUCAGUAUAGCUGGUUCAAAGAGAUUUUCUUUGUAUGACAGAGACCAAAAUAGACUUCCUCAUCCAAGUAUAAUCCAGUACGAAGGACUCUAUGUUUUUGGAGGAAAAGAUAGUUGUGGAAAUGUCAGAGGCAAUCUUCAUGUCCUAGUUAUGGGAAAAGCCCCAUGAAAUUGGCUAAACUUACAGAAAUAUAUUGAUAAAUAUGGUCCAAGCCCAAGCCCAAGAUAUGGUCAUACCAUGCAUUACUCUCCUGAACUUGAUAAACUUGUACUUUUUGGGGGAAGAAAUGACACAUUUGGUAAUGCUAGUAAAUGUGUUCUUAAUGAUAUUUGGAUUCUCAGUCUGAACAUCUACACCUGGAUACAAGUAAAAUGCCAUGGUGAUAUUCCUGAGCAAAGGUAUAACUUUAGUUCAGCUCUUUCAGGAACCCAGCUUAUUAUAUUCGGAGGUCUCAAUGGUAAAACAUACAACAGUGCUGCAGUGUAUAUCUGAGAGAUGGAUAACAUAAAAGCACUUAAGCAUGUUGUUACCAAGAGUAAGAAGAAGGCUUUUCUUGAACAAUUUCAUCGUAAAUAAAACCAAUGAAGACUGAAAAAUAAAUAAAGAGUCAAAUAUCCUUGACCUAAUCAAUUCUAAGAGAGUGAAGCUUUCAAAAAUUCAAACUUUGGAAAAGAGGCUCCAAGAAGGUAUGCAAAAGAAUUUGAUGAGUGAUUACCAGAAAAAGAACCUCCAAGAUCAGAUCAAAACUGAAAUUAUCAACGAGAAAUGAAAGAUGGUUGAAAACACAGAGACUUUAUCUGAACUGAGCAGGACUAUUGAUGAGAUGGAUCAACAGAACAUAGGUAUGGGCAGUUAUAAUCAUGGGCUCCCUUCCAGGAUGCUCACAGGACAGACAGACAAGUCGCUCCAUGAUUUUGAAGGCCAUAUCUCCAAAAUAGAAAGUAACAUUGAUGAUGAGAAGAUCACUAUCAGUGCUGACGAGGAUAAAAAAUUGGUAUUGGACUCCAGUCAGCUCUAA